AUGUCCUCAUUCGCCUCUCUUAUCGAUGCGCCAAAUUCACCCACCAAGGUCUUCCACAAAACGACCUACCCGGCCCUCGACCCGACACGGCCUGAGCUAUCAGUCAAAGGCAAAACUAUCAUCGUGACCGGUGGUGGUACAGGAAUCGGUGCUGCAGCAGCAACAUACUUUGCCAAAGCCGGCGCCUCGCUCAUUGCCAUCCUGGGACGCAGAGAACAGCCUCUCCUCGACACCAAAGCCGCCAUCAACAAAUCCUUCCCAUCGACCCAAGUCCUCACAAUCUCCGUCGAUGUCACAGACAAAGGCGAAGCAGAUGCAGCUUUUGCAAAAGUAGCAGCAGCAAGCAGCACCAAGAAGCUCGACGUCUUGAUAUCCAACGCAGCUGUCAUGGGCACACUGGGCACGAUCGCGGAAAUUGACUCCAAGAAAUGGGUCGACGGCAUCUCCACCAAUCUCACAAUAAACUUCAACGUCACCAAUGCGUUUCUGGCGCACUGUAGCCAAGAUGGUGUGAUCAUCGAGUCUAACUCUUGUGCUUCGCACAUGGACAUCGCCUCUGGGUUUUCUACCUACACCGUCUCGAAACUUGCCACUGCGCGCUUCUUUCAGUGCGUGCAAUUCGAGAAUCCAUCGCUGCGCGUCUUCUGCGUGCAGCCGGGCGCGGUCUUGACGGAUAUGAACCGCAACUCUGGAUACCAGGAGCAGAAGGAGGGUGAAGGGUUCAUGUGGAAUGGUAGAGGCGCGGCGUUGUUGGCAAAACAUGAUCAUGAGAGUUUGCCGGCGAGUUUCUACGUGUGGCUGUGCAGUGAGGAAGCUGAGUUCUUGAAGGGGAGGUAUUUGUGGGCGAACUGGGAUGUUGAGGAGCUGAAAGAGAGAAAGGCGGAGAUUUUGAGUGGAGAGUUCUUGAAGGUGGGAUUGCAGGGGUGGCCGUUUGAGCAGUGA